GUGCAGACUGUGUAGUCGUACAGAAAAGAAGACAGUUUCAAUGGGAGCUGGGAUGUGUAACUUUGUGACGUUUGUUUUUGUAAGCACAUCUCUUCUCGUGAGAGUGUUCAGCAGCAGCAGCAACACUCCAACUCAAACAACAAAGCAAGAAGAAUUUCGAAUACAUUGCGUUACUGGCCCACGUGGUCCUCCAGGAAGAGAUGGAGUCAAUGGACGAGAUGGAAUUCAAGGAAUUCCAGGAAUUCCAGGGUUACCAGGAAUAGUAGGACCUAAAGGUUCACGUGGAGAGACUGGAAUAGAGAAGCCUGGCCCUCCAGGAGGUCCUGGAGCUUCCGGAAAGAAAGGUCCUAAAGGAGAAAAAGGGGUUAGAGGAGAAAACGGAGAAAAGGGGCUAAAAGGAGAAGAGGGAAAACCUGCCGUGGCUGCUGUAAGCUUUACUGGUAUUACCUACGUGCAAUGGGGAAGAAAACGUUGCUCGUCAGCUGACGUUGAAACUCUUUACUCCGGUGUGGCUGCUGGGUCGCAUUACACUCACGGCGGAGGAGGAGCCAACACUCAGUGUCUUCCCCUUGAUCCUGUUUGGGAAAAUUUCAAAGAUGGCCACGGGUCGGGGAAUCAGAUUCACGGAUCGGAGUAUGAAGGUGUUCAGCCAUUUAUCAACAAAGUACUGCACGAUUACCAGGUUCCUUGUGCUCUAUGUUACGCGGCCACUAAGAACAAUCAGUUCAUGCUACCAGCAAAGAAUAUCUGCCCAAGUGGAUGGACCAGAGAAUAUUACGGAUAUCUCACAUCAGAACAUUAUGUUCAUUCAGGAAGAAACAUUUACUUGUGUCUCGACCACAACGCAGAACCAACGGGUACGAACACCAACCAUAAUGGCAAUCUUUUCUAUGUUGUUGAGGCUUCGUGUGGAUCUCUUCCUUGUCCUCCGUAUGUAGACGGUCGCGAACUGACAUGUGCAGUCUGUACGAAGUAGAAUUUUUUACUUAUUGACUUGUGUUGAAGUAAGAAACUACUAGUAGUGUUAGCUUCUGUCUGCGCUGUUUCAAAACAUAAAAUUUUUCUCUUCUACUGUUUACAGUUACAGCAUUGCGUAUAUCAUUACCAUUUCAGUCACUUUAUGUCAUAACUGUUGAGUCGCAAAAUCACUUUUGAA